ACUCACUGCUGCCAGCGAUUGGCACCUCUAUAAUUCACUUCAACUGGCACGUUGAAAGCCAUAUCUAACUUGAAAUACACCUCGUAUAUAUUUAUCUCACUCUGCCCUUAUCUCAUCUAUUUGUGGCUGAGUUGGCACUGAACAGAACUGGGCAGAGUUGGCACAUGAAAGAACGUUAGAUUUAACAUCUGAGUGUAUUAGCAGCUCACAGGACUUUAUAUGGGAGAAAUCAGACUGAGAGAGAAGCAUCACAAGUGAGAAGCUGACAGACUGAUCACAGAGCAUCAGAAAAGGCUUUUUGGGACUGUGAAUCAAAGUAAAUCAGCAAAAUGGCAGAUGUAGCAACUCCCGCUGAGAAGAAGGCACCUCCCAAGUUCAAGCAGAGGACCGUGCGCACCUUCAAGAGCAAGGCGCCCAAACCAGGCCAGAAGGGAUUCGGAGACGACAUCCCCGGCAUGGAGGGCCUCGGCACUGACAUCACAGUGAUCUGCCCAUGGGAAGCCUUCGGGGACAUGGAGCUCAGCGACCUGGCGAAAUAUGGAAUUAUUUAGCACCUCUCUCCUCUGCCUUUACCCUUAUUGCCACUACUGUCCCUUAUGUGACUGUACUAUUAAUUAAGCAGCUGGUAAACUACUACCUAUGUGACCUACAGAGGAGGCAGCCUUUGAUGUUUUAGAGGUACAACCUAAUACUUCUGGUGAUCGCUGUUGUUUCAGGGACUUUACUUUCCCUUGCCUUUCUGCCACUACCCCUUCUUCCCUUCCUACUUUUCUUCAUUCCUACCUCUUUCUUUCUUUCUUUCUGCCACUACCCCUUCUUCCCUUCCUACUUUUCUUCAUUCCUACCUCUUUCUUUUCUUCUUCUUCUUCUUUACCUCUGUCAUUUGUCUCUUGUAGCCAGUGCAGUCAGCACAGGGAAGGAACAAAACAAACUGAAUAUAUUGCAUGUGUUGUAAAUAUGAAAGAAGGUUUGACAUCUGCUACUGUGAAAUCCCAGGACUGCUCUCGUUUCUCUCCUCUUUCACCUCUUCUUCUCAAAGCUGCUGAUUCAACAUGCACAGAGUUUCUGUAUUAGACAAAUUACAUUUUAUUUUUAUGAGAAAGUCUGUAAUUCACUUUGCUCUUUCCUGAAUAAUGUCAACCCUUUUCUCAGUAGGGAGGAACAAUUAGGAAAAACAGAAUAAAAGUGAAUAUUUUCCAUAGAA